GAGUUCCAGGUCGGCGCACUAAUACGAGCUGCAAGGCUCCCGCCUGACUGACGCCUCGCUCGCUCGCUCGUUCGCUCGCUCCCUGGCUGGCUGGCUGGCUGGCUGGCUGUUGCUGCUGCUGCUCUCGCUUUGGCCUCUGCCGCCGCCGAGUUCCUGCAGCCGCGUCCCUUCGCACGUUAGAGGGAGGGGGAAGUGUGAGCCACUCGCUUCAAAGAAGUUGGCGCAGCCCCGGGAAGGAGACGGCCGGGCAUCCGGCGGCAGAGGCGUUCAACCUACGGGCAGAAUUGUUCUCUGUUGGAAGACACAAACAUUAAAUAUAUCCAGCAAAAUCCCCAAGUAUGUGUGGAAAAGUCUGAUUUUUGAAGGAGCAUCUCUUCUAGUACUGUGACUCUUCAUUUAAGAAAAAGAAAUUGAAUAACUGAAGUUAUACUGGUAACCUCAGAUUCUUAUGCACUCCAGCACCCCUAUAAGUUCUCUGUUCUCCUUCACCAGCCCAGCUGUAAAGAGGCUGUUGGGCUGGAAGCAAGGAGAUGAAGAGGAAAAAUGGGCAGAAAAGGCUGUUGACUCCUUGGUAAAGAAGCUGAAGAAAAAAAAGGGUGCCAUGGAAGAACUGGAAAGGGCACUCAGCUGUCCUGGGCAGCCCAGUAAGUGUGUGACGAUCCCACGCUCUUUGGAUGGAAGGCUGCAAGUAUCUCAUCGCAAAGGUUUGCCACAUGUCAUUUACUGCAGAGUGUGGCGGUGGCCUGAUCUACAGUCUCAUCAUGAGUUAAAACCCCUGGAAUGCUGUGAAUUUCCAUUUGGCUCAAAGCAGAAAGAAGUCUGCAUUAAUCCUUACCAUUAUCGAAGGGUGGAAACCCCAGUGUUACCUCCAGUAUUGGUUCCAAGACAUAGUGAAUUCAACCCACAUCUUAGCCUCCUUGCCAAAUUCCGGAACACAUCUCUUCAUAGUGAGCCACUGAUGCCUCACAAUGCAACUUACCCUGAUUCUUUCCAGCAGCCUCCUUGCACCCCUUUCCCAGUAUCCCCCAAUAUGUAUUCUCAGUCACCGAGCUACCCAGACUCCCCAGGAAGUUCUUCUGCACCAGGAAGUCCUUAUGAGCUCACAGCUGAUACACCUCCUCCACCUUAUAAUGCCAGAGAAACGCCACGAAACCACAAUGGAUGCCCUGUUCAUGCGUUUACAGACAGUCCAUUAGUGCUGUCAUUGCCCAAUGGAGGUAAAUCUACUGAUGGAGAACCUGAAAACUUCCGACCUGUUUGCUAUGAGGAACCACAGCACUGGUGUUCAGUUGCAUACUAUGAACUCAAUAACCGGGUAGGAGAGACUUUUCAGGCCUCUUCUCGAAGUAUACUAAUAGAUGGCUUUACAGAUCCUUCAAACAAUAAGAACAGGUUCUGCCUUGGAUUGCUGUCCAAUGUUAACAGGAACUCUACUAUAGAAAACACCAGAAGGCACAUAGGAAAAGGUGUUCAUCUGUAUUAUGUUGGGGGAGAGGUAUAUGCAGAGUGUGUCAGCGACAGCAGCAUUUUUGUACAGAGCCGCAACUGUAACUAUCAGCAUGGUUUCCACCCAGCCACUGUCUGCAAAAUCCCCAGUGGAUGCAGCCUGAAGAUUUUCAACAACCAACUCUUUGCUCAAUUGCUUGCCCAGUCGGUUAACCAUGGCUUCGAGGUGGUGUAUGAGCUAACCAAGAUGUGCACCAUCCGGAUGAGCUUUGUUAAAGGCUGGGGAGCGGAAUAUCAUCGCCAGGAUGUUACAAGUACUCCAUGUUGGAUUGAGAUCCAUCUUCAUGGACCUUUGCAAUGGCUAGAUAAGGUGCUGACACAAAUGGGUUCCCCACAUAAUCCAAUUUCCUCUGUUUCAUAAGAAUUAUCACCAUACACUGGGGGACAAAUACUGCUGCAGGUCUUGGCUGGUAGGAUUCUCCCCUAAAUUUCUGUAUAUAGCUGUAAAUAUGACUGUAUAUAUAAUCAUACUAUUAGUGUUUUUCAUGCUGUAUUACAUGUUUUAUUAGAUAAUAAGAUGGCAGUAAGUUCCAUUGUGUUCCGUCUGUUGAUGAGCUUUGGAAGAGAAAAUUCAGACUGAACUAUACAAAUAUGCCCAGCUGCCUAUUUUUUGGUAUGGAAUGAGAGCAGUAUUGCUCGCACUUUGUAAAAAAUAUGAUUAUAUAUCAAUGUUAAAUUCUGCAAACAAUAAUGCUGUUUUCAAAUGGAGCAAGUAGUAGUUCUGCCUAAAAUACACAGGGGCAGUUUCUUGAUAUCAUGCUUUUGGAAACUCAGAAUCAGAGUAUCAUGACUGUGGUUCUCCAUUUUGUUCCUGGCAUGUGGAUCUCAACAUAAAACUAUAUUGUUUGUGAUUACAAAGGUUACAUUUUGCACAGUUGAGUAACAAUUAUAAGCCUGCAAAGGCAACCUUCUCCAAAUACCAGGUAUCUUUAUCUGGUUUGGAAGAGAAAACUCAGACUGAACUAUAUAACUCCUGCUCUGUGGUGUAAAAAAAUCACCUAUCCAAUUCCCAGAAUUACUAAAAUGUGUGUUUUCCUGACUCUUUAUGUUGUUCUGUGAUGAUGAGGCAGGGUGGGGAAGAGGGCAUAUGAAGCUGCUAUGGUUAAUAUAUUUUUAAUUCCAUUCUUUGUACAGUGAUAUCUAGAAUGACUUACUUCUGCCCAGUUAGCAGGGCACUGUGGUCCUUCACACAUACUUCAGCUGCAGUGGAAGGGAAGACUUAUGCAAUAUCUUAACCCCAAGACAUAAUAAUUACCCUUGGACAUUAUGGGCCUUGAUACUAAAAAUGUACAGUUGACCAUGACAACCGCAAUUUGCUUAAUACAAAACAUAGUUGUUUCUUCAGAUUCAUGUUGCCAACUUCACUCAAACUCUUCAAAUUCAUCCUUUAUAAAGUAAAUAAUGUUUCAGUAAAAAUACUCUCCUCCCACUCAUCCUAAUUAUAGAUAAGCAUAAAAAAAUUAGGGUAAUUGUCAUCUGCAAUGAUUCUGAGUAGAAGGUAAUAUAUAGUUAAUAUGUGCUAACCUUUCCUUCAGUUUAUAACCUGUUACUUAUUUGAUUAGUCACUUUGUACAUGGAUAUUGAAUGAUAAAAAAUACACUGGAAUAGCCCCAAAAAAUGAGUUGCUGCAUCAGUGUGCAAAAGGGAUCAAGUGUAAUAACAAAAACUGAAAAUGCAUUUGCCAGAAGAGGAAAAUCAUCUGAUAGCACUUAAGUCUAAGUACAGCAUCUUUGUAUAAUUCUGCUAAUUAGAACAUCAGUUUGGCUCAGUGUCCUGCCCUUGAAUGUACUAUUACCAAGUUAUUAUUUUUUUAAAAUAUUCUUGCUCUGGGAUACCCCUGUCCAAAUCCAACCCUUUGACAGAUAGAUACCUCCCCCUCCAUUGCUAACCUAGAAGCAAGUGAUUUAUGGAGAAAAAUAGUUUAAUGACAUCAGACUGUGUAAGCAAAAUACCUUAGAGGAUGAGAAUGGGAUUUAGGUCUCCUAUGUACAAUAUGUAUGGAUUUCUGCAGCCUGUCUUCUGAAGAAUUAAAGAUCUGACAGGAGAUAAGUUUUGGAAAACUGAUAAAGAUUGUAGUUCUAUUAUUAGAAGUUUUAUUAUUCAAUUCAUUGUUAAAGUAUAUCAAAUGUAACUAUCAAAGGGAUAGCUUCAUAGCACUGCCAAAGAGUGAAUAUAAAGAGUAAAUUCACCUUCCAGGUGAAUACAAUUUUGUGGUGUUUCUGUGAACUAUAGUUUAAUUUGAUGUAUGAAAUCUUACCUUCUACUUACAGGUAAAUACAGAUCUAGGUGCAGCUGGAAGAAAAAUCUAAAUUAAGACUAAAUAAUAAAAUGAAAAAGUAAGUUUUAAGUCCUAAUAGAAUUAUGACAAACUACUUUUGAAUUUCAUUUCUUCUUAAGGUUUACAGUUUAACUAAACUGUAUGUGCAGAAUCUAUAUUACAUUACAAAAACGAUAAAACUGAUUUAGAAAAAUAGAUAGAUAUGUAUUGGUCAUAAGCUGCCUUUGCAUGACACACUGAACCACAAACUAGUCAGUCAUAUAUAGCCUAGUGUAUAGUGCAAACCCAGCCCACUUGUCCAAUUUAUAGUGUAAUGUAUUUGUAAAUACAAGAAAUUUGGUUGGAUAAACCAUUGGUAACUUAACCUCAGUGUUUUGUGUAAACACAGUCAUAAAGUAAACAGUGCAUAAUAUUUGUAAGGAUAUGCAUUCAUAGUAGUUCCUUUAUACACUUGUGAACAAGACAUUUAUAAACAUAACAAAUCAAAAAAUGGUGUUUCAAAUAAAAAUUUCAGUGACAUCUACUGCAGUGUUGAUAUCUUCAAGCAAUGUGAGACACAAAUGUCUUAAAUCCUUACUGAUACAUAAUUAUUAUGCCUACAAGCCUGGCUUGUUUUUCUGGAAGGGUAGACAAACAGGAAAAAACUAGCUAAGAUACAGCCAAUGUAAAAGAACUGUCCUGGGAACUUGUAAACCAAGAGCCCCGUUCAGCCAUGAAAAGUGGGUGAAUGCAGUAUGCACAGAGAAAUCUUUACUGACGAAUUGCAGUUGAAAAAAUCAUAUGAUCACUUCUUUCAGAAUUUAGCUAAGACUGCCUGCAUAAAAAUGGUCCCUUUAGACAGACCUUUCUGUGUCCAAAUGUUUUUGUAUAGAUAUUAACAAAAAGUAACUUUAAAGCUAUUAAAUGUGUUCAUAAAUAUGCCAUGCUUUGAAAAGGUCUGCUGGAAAAUUUAAAAGUCAUUUGGUAGAAAAGCCAUUCAUCAGCAACUAGUGUAGAGGAAAAACAUUUCUUAAUAGCAGUGAUAUGUGUUGAUAAUUCAAAACGCAUCCAGCCUUUUUGGGAACAAUCUAGAAGUACUGAAAGUUGUAUGGUAUUAAGCCUGUCUCAUGAAAAACUAAAUGAUCUAUUAUAUACAGGUCAACUAUUUUCCUACUAAAAAAUCUGUAGGAAAAAAAAAUAAUCCCAGUUUUUACUGAUAGAAAUUGAACCUUACUAAUGAUUCUGAGACUUCAUUAGAGAUCAUUUAUUCUCAGGCUUACUUUCCAUUAGCUGCUGGUGGAGGGGAGGAAGUAAUCCUGUUAUUCAUGAAUGAUCCAGAUAGUUGUUAUUGCUAUCAAAGAAGCUGUGGGCAUGAAGAAGCUACCUGGGUAGAUUGUGUA